AUGGGGGAUUUACCAAAACAAAGAGUCGAGCCGUCACGGCCCUUUUACGUAUCAGGGGUCGAUUAUGCAGGCCCAUUUUUAAUAAAGGAUGGGCGUACCAGAACACAAAGACGUGUGAAGGCGUACAUUGCGCUAUUUGUUUGUUUUGCGACUAAGGCUGUCCACCUGGAGUUAGUAGGUGAUCUGACUACCGAUAGUUUUUUAGCGGCGAUGAAGCGAUUCACAUCGCGUAGGGGAAAUGUGCGAGAGUUAUUUUGUGAUAAUGGCACAAAUUUUGUCGGAGCCGAACGAGCCUUGUUUAACUCCAGACAGUUUGAGAACAAAUUAGCGAACCAUUUUUCCGAAAAAGGAACAAGUUUUCACUUUAUACCAGCCAGAUCACCACAUUUUGGGGGCCUCUGGGAGAGAGCCGUGCGUAGUGUAAAACAUCAUUUGUUUCGAGUAGUAGGGGAUGCCUCACUAACCUACGAAGAAUUUUAUACCUUUUUAGUUUGCAUUGAGGCCUGUUUAAAUUCACGACCCCUCACCCCUCUAUCUCCUGACCCUAAUGACCUGAACGCUCUUACACCAGGACACUUGCUUAUAGGGGCUCCGUUGACGAACACCGCAGAAGAAGACGUUACACCACUACCCAUCAAUCGUCUCUCACGAUGGCAGCGGGUGCAGCAGCUCCACCAACAGUUUUGGAAGAGGUGGACCCAGGAGUAUCUGUCCGAACUACAAAGGCGCCCUAAAGGUCAACAAUCCUCCACAUCCCAAGUCGCUGUCGGUUCCUUGGUGGUAAUCAUCGAGGACAAUUUGCCACCAUUGAAAUGGAAACUGGGACGAGUGCUCCAACUUCAUCCGGGGCUAGAUGGUGUAGUGAGGGUGGUUACAGUGAAAACAUCGACUGGGGUUUACAAACGAACCAUAAAAAAGGUGUGCUUACUUCCAGCAGAAGCAGACUAA